AUGAAUAGGCAGAAGAACAAUUCUACCAGAUGCUACACACAGUCAUCGCCCUCAACGUAUGUAAGAGAGACGCUUCCCAUAGAUAUUGUCAAUGUGAUAGCAACAGACUAUCAUCAAACGGGGUUUUAUGAGAAUUGGUGCAUGCAAAGUUUUCAAUCUGUUCAUGGAUUUAUAUAUCUGAACAAUAGGCGGAGGAAGGGAAAGGGAAAGAUAGAUAGAGUUUCUGUGAUAUGGAACCCUAGCACAGGUCAGCAAAUACCUUUACCUAAAUUGGGAGUUAGAAAUUGUCAUUCGAAAAGCUUUUUAGGGUAUGAUCCUAUCGAGAAACAAUUCAAGGUUUUGUGCAUAACAUCCUUUAAAGAGCAUCAUGUUUUGAGACUAGGGACCGGAGGAGAACAUUUGUGGAGAAAGAUUGAAUGUUCGUUCCCGCAUUAUCCUUUGAAAAGGACCUACGCGAUAUGCACCAAUGGGGUUUUGUAUUACAAAAAUUCUAAAAAUACGAUAGUAUGCUUUGAUGUUAGGUAUGAGACAUUUAGUUUUAUAGAAAUAAAGAUCUACGUUAAUGUUUUGUGUCUUAUAAACUACAAGGGAAAAUUAGGUCUCCUAGUGGUUUUUCCUAAUACUGGUCUUGCUCAGCUAUGGGUUCUUGACGACACCAAGAAAGUGGAAUGGUCGAAGCACAGGUUUGUUUUUCCAGAUACAACUUUUGAGGCUAUAAGGUUAACUGAUAGGGGUGAAAUUUUUGGUGCGUCAAAUCGUUCGACCGCUCCAUUCUAUGUUUCUUACUAUAAUAUGGAGAAAGAGAGUGUUGAGAGAGUUAAAAUCAAAGGAAUUGAAGAUAAGGUAUCGAUGCAUUACCCUGGCCCUUAUGAAUUCUUUAUCUUUCCAAAUCAUGUUGAGAAUGUGAUGUUUCUGAAAUAA